AAUACAAUAACCUAUUAAAAACUAUCGGGCCAAUUUCCAAGCUUAUUCUAUAAAGAGAAGAAAAAAACAGACUUACAUCGAAAAUCUAUAUUGAGAGGAAGGAAUGCAUUCGGCCAUGAAAAGAGGAUAACAGAAAUGUCAGCAAGAACAAAAAAAAUUAUUGAGCAGGUGCGAGGAAUCUUUGAAAGGCGCUCUUUAUCUUGGCAAUAUCCUAGACUGAUUCCGCUUGGGAACCUAGAAGAAACAGAUGCUUUAGGAAUCUCCCUUCAUAAAGAAGCAGUAUCAGGAACUAGACGUUCUUUAAAAAAAGUGUUACACUCUGCUAUUUACGUGGAUUAUCCAAAUGAUAAAGGUCAGACACCCUUAUUUUGUGCAUGCUCUAGAAACAAUGAAUCCACAGCUUUUCUCUUACUACAGUAUGGUGCAAACCCAAAUGAAAAAAGUCAAGAUGGCAUUACACCAACACAUGCUGCUUGCUAUGUGGGCAAUGUUAGACUUGUUGGGAAGUUAAUUGAGGCUGGUGGGGAUCUCAGACUUCAUGACAAUGAUGGAAACAGCAUGAGAGAUUGGGCCAAUAUGAACAAAGAUGGAAAAACACGACUACGAAUGUUGCAGUUUUUGGACAAAACUCACUUUUAUGCUAUGGCAUAUAGUGGGGAUGCUGUAAACGUUGAUACAUUUACUAAAUAUGCUAGAAGACCACAGAAACAGACAUCAAUAAUGGAAAUUAUGAAGAUAAGAACAGGUAGUGAUACAAGCUUUGAAAAUCUCAAAAGAGUACACAGUAUGGGAUUUGGAAAGGUUUAUUUAGGCAAUGAUAACUCUGGAGGCAUUAUUUCAGUGAUACCUCUAAUCAGCGAAAAUGUCCUGCAUGUUGUCAGGGCUACACGAUUUGACUGUGGAUAUGGCACAUUUAUGGAGGAAAUGCACUGGGUCACAAUGUUGGUAACAGUCAAGCAAAAAAAGACUGACGUUCAAGGGGAAGAAGGUCUUGAUCUUCUGAUAACAGAUGCUGAAUAUUCAGGGAAAAUAAGACAUCCGAACAUCUUACUCCUAAUGGGAAUUUGUCAAUCUAUCUGUUUUGACAGUAUGAUGCUGGUAUUUGAGCAUGUAGAGUCAUCUAAUUUGUACCAUUAUUUACACAAAUCAGGACAUCAUAUUCAGUAUUACAUGCAAAUGACUAUUAUAAAGCAUGUUUGUGCCGCUAUGGAGUUUAUUCACAAUCAGUCUUUAAUUCACUGUGGUCUCUCUUCUUAUGCUGUGUAUUUGGUUUCUGAAACUUUAGUUAAAGUUGGUAACUUUGAAUACAUGGUUGAAAGCAGCAAAGCAGACUUAGGUAAACCAAGCCCUGUCUCCUCAGUAGCUCACAGUUGGCACCUUUAUAAUUGGAUGGCACCUGAACUCAUAGUGGGACAAGCCCCGCGUUUCAGUUCAGAUAUUUAUGGCUACUGCUGCAUGGUUUGGGAACUUUUCUCAGGUAAAAUACCAUGGGCUGGACUUGAAGCUCAUGAAAUCAAAACCAAUGUUGUUGAAAACUUCACAUCCUUGAGUAUUAGUAAUGCAAGAAUACCAAAUAAACUUAGACCUAUUAUUAGUUAUGGUUUGCAAGUAAAGGAACCUGAAAGGCUUCAGAAGUUUUCACAUGUUUGUGAAUGGUUAAAAUCAGAUUUUUCCAGCUACUCCCAGUUACCACAUUGUUCUAAAGAAUGGAAAGAUAGAUCUUCCAACUUUUUAGAACUAUCUUCAUCAUCUACUGGUGCAGAUACUGAAUGUAGUGCAGGAGAAAACUGGACACAAGACAAUCUACAGUUUAAUCAAGGUUUCAGCGACUGCUUGGGGAAUCAAGCUUACACACAAGCUUACCAUGAUUGGAAUUUAGAUAUAUAUUGUGAGACACUUUCUUCUGUUUCUGACACAGUUGAUUCAUUUACCAAGUCACCAAUUGUAACCAUGGAUAAAAUUCAUCCAAUAUCACUGUCAUAUCCUGACAAUCUUGACAACAAUCUAAAUAACAUGUAUGAGAGAAACAACAAUGGCAUAUUUUCUUACAAUGAAAGACCACAAACUCUACCAAAGGAAACAAUGCAGUCUUACUCAUUAACACAAGUAGACAACAAGAAUGAACAUUAUGUGACUACUUCUGUGAGAAAAUUAACAGAAAGUUUUCAGCAAUACUUAAAUCAGCAGCAUGAACUUCGUCAAGCCAUUAUAAAAGGUAGCAUGGUGCCCAACGGAAAAAAUGCUUCACUUUCAUCUUCUGUUUGUAACUCUUCAACACUUAAUGUUGGCUUUAAAGAAGCUUGUCAAAUAUCUUCACAAACUAGUGGAAACUCAACCUUGAUUACCAACAGUACACCCAAGACAAGUAUUUUGAAAAGUUCUGAUUUGCCAACAAACAUAAAUCCAAUUUUCUUAGCUAAGAAAACAUUGAAGGAUGCUGCAUCUUGUAUGCGAGACCAGAAGGAAAAGGGAGACAAUGGAGAUAAGGGAAAGAAGCCCUUUGUUCCAGUUGGCUAUUCACAAGAAGGAAAAGAUAAAUUGGCACCAUCACCAAAAAAAAUUUCAUCCAUACACCACAGAGAUUUUCUUCGUGAAAUCAAAUUAGUUCAUGAUAUAUUAAUUGGGAAAUCUAAACGAAUAGCAGACCAAGAUUCUGUGACUAAUUCUAACUCAAUAGAGGCUGAUCACACUCAGAAAGUUACAAGGGAGAAAGAAGGGAUCUCAUCAUUAAAUGCUAAUUUAAAAGGUGCGAAUGGCAUGAGUUCUUCAAAGUGUCUAGAGAUUGGUCAUUCAGAGAAUAAUCAAUCAAUUGCAGAAAAUGAGGAUGAGACAAGAGAAGUUAAUGUGUGGUCAUUAGACACCACAAAUGAAUAUCCCUUGGAUACUACCCAGGAGAAGUCUUUUAAAAAUAUGUGUAUUAGACCUUCAAGUGAUUUUGAUAACCAGUUAGUAGCUUCAUAUAAUGCAAUGCUAGAGCCUACAGACAAGCAUUCUGAAACCAAUGAAAGUUCAAACUCAGCCCUAACUUUCACUAAAGAAUCCAUGCCAGAUUCAGAAAAAGUUAACCAUUGGAUCUAUCAGAAACUGGAAAAUAUCAAAGAUAAGCUUUGUCACAAGGCAUCAAUGCCAGUCAAUGCCACAGAUUCCAGCAAUAGUCUUCAUGGUCUAAAAGACAUCUCAUCAUCAUCCACUCUUGUGGAGCAAACAUCUGGCAAACCUCUGGAAACAUCUAGAAAAGAUCUGGAGAUACAAGAGAAACUGAUGAAAAUAAAAUCUGCGCAGUCAAUCCCAGAGGUAUGUGGCUUUGACUUUGAAUUUCAUGAAUAUUACAUCGAUGAUGACUUUGGCAAUAAUGAAAAAGAUCCUUACACCCAGUUAUCAUUGCUGGACUGCAAUGCCUCAACAAGAGAAAAACAAACAGAUCUAGAUUAUGAUUUUACAGAAAAUGUCACAUCUAAGCCUCCAAUGUUUCCUAAACAAUCCAAAACAAUUUCUCAAUACUUUGAGAGAAACUUAGCACAAGCGUAUGGCAAUAAGUCGCAUUCGGCUUUAACAUCAAGUCAUACUGAGGAAAAGCUGAAUAAAGUGACACUGAAAACAAGCUUGAGUGAUAAGGAUACACAUAGAAGAGAUAAUGGUUCUGUUUCUUUCUCAAAGCAAGGUAAAGGAUCUCCUGUAAUUAAGACGAGAGAAGGUGUUCCAGCAAAGCUCAAUGGUCGAUCAAUAAGUGAGUGUCAUAGAGUGGGUAAAAGUGAAACAAGUGUCAGUUUGAGUUUUCCAGAUGGUGGAAACAAAACGGAAGAUGCUGAUGAUGAUACCCUUUGUCAGAUCGAAAAGGAGACUGAUCUGAAUACAGCUGGCCUAGAUGAUAGCAUUAUGGUAACUUGUCCAGAAGAGAUCAGUGCAGAUCCAGUGAAAGAAAACAAAACAAUUUCUCCUGUUAAGAUGAAUGUGGAAUGUCAAACCACUGCAGUAGAAUCUAAUCCUGUCCCCACAAAUGACGAUAGUGAUUCAUCAGAUAGCGAUAUUUGGAUACGCAUGCAGUUAGAUAAAAUACAAAAAAAGAUCAAGCGUAGAAAAGCUAGAGAAAACUAUAUUAUCAGCAGUGAUGAAGAAACUAGUGGUAACACUCGGCUACCUUCAGGACUCCAAACAAAGCCAAAGUUUGAGGCCAGUCACUCAAGUCAUUUACAUUCUUCAAAAGAUGAAGAGGGAGAAGGAAUAAAGACAUUAGAUUUCAGUAAAGAUGAAUUAAAUGAUGUACCAACAAAGAUUUGUGAAUCUUUCAGCAAAGAAUUGCUCUUUGAUUGUCAAGAACACAGUACUCAGAGUAAAACUAAAAUAUUCAAAAAUUUUCACAAGACCCAAAUCAGUGAUUCAACAAGUUUGGAACAUAUCCAAACAAGUGAAAGAAAACAUCCAUCCAUCCUGAGAAAACCACUGAAUGAUUUCAACUGUGAAGAAACGGACAGUUUUCUGCAACCCAACAAGUCUCUAUUAAGCCAGGUCUCACGUUCUACUGAGAGAGUUAUCAGCUUCAAGGAUGUAACCAGCAGCGAGGAUGAUAAAUCUCAAACAACUAAAAUUUCAGUUUUACCAGUUCCACACAAAAGAAAAAGUCUAUUGGGAGAAAAACUCACUAAUAAGGGUUCCAAAACUUUGGUAAAUGGGAGAGAAAAUGAUACAGUAAAAACUUGGUUGGAGAAUCAAGAUUUUGUGGGAUUGAAUGAUGUAAGUAGUAAAUAUUCUGUUGAUGAAGACAACACCAUGCAGAAGACUCCUAGGAGACUGAUACCUAAAGACAAUGGUUCUAAGCAUAGCCUUUUAUCAAAUGUACAAAGUGCAGACGUGGAUGUCCCUGAUGCUGCAGCUCCACAUUCAUCUGUAGACAAGGCUAACAAGCCUCGAGCUGACAAAGAUCAUAGCAUUGCACUUGACAGGAAAUCCAAAAUGAUACAUAGUGGAGUAAUAAAUGAGCAGCCAUAUUAUUCGACGUUAGAUGAACACCAUCUAACCCUUAAUUUUCAAGCACCAACAGUCAAAAAAUCUCAGAAGAAAAAGUCUAAGAUUGGUGUUCAUAGAUUUUAUAUUCCAAGUGAUAUGUGGUCUAGGGGAUAUAAAGCAAGACUAGAUGUGAGGCCAUGUUCAUCAGAUCCUGAUUCUCACAGAGUUAUCACUACGGCUACAGACUCAACUACUGGAUACACAGAAACACUACUAGACCAAAUCAUUCCUACAAGAAGGCUAAGAUCUACCUUACAGAUAGACUGAAAGCAAUGCACUAAUGCAUGAAGAAAAACUAAAUAAAUUGAAUUGUUUUUACUUGAGUCGUAUUGGUUUAGAUUAACAGAAAAAUGUUGCAGAAUAAUUAUAACUAUUUUAUUAUAUGAAUGUUAAUCCUCCAGCAAUGUUGAACUGCUAAGUAUUUUUAAAUUGAGGGUGUUAAGUAUCCCCUGCCAGGUUCUUUUAGUUUCUUUCUACAGGCUCUGUCAACAUCUUUUUUCAUUAUCAUAAUUUUAUUAAUAAAUUAAAAUUUUGCAGCAGUUCUAAAGUACUAUUAAUCCCAUUUAGAGACUUGUUCAAAUUAAACAAAAGGAAAACUAUCUAAAGAAAAAAAUCAUACUUAGUCUUCUUUCUGUUUCAUCCAUACUGUUAAUUCAGUUUCUAACCAUACUAAAUAUUUUCUGUUUAUGCGUUGGAAAUGUUAAUGAUGUGGCUGUCUUCUAGCACACCUUGAAUUAACAUAAUUAGUUUUAAAUUAUGAAAGUAAAACAAUUAAAUA